AUGGUAACUCUGCUCCUCUCCCAUCACCGCCGGCCGGACGGAUCUCCGCCCCGUCAUCUCCGAGUUGAGGCUCCAUCUACACCCACGCCGGAGGCCACAAAGUAAAUUACCCCGAGGUAAGCUAAAUACCGCUUUGUAGUUUUUGCCUGCUCACAGUUUGCCUUUCAGCAAUCAAGUUACCCAGCGGCCGGAGAACCUGUCAGCCGCAGAUGAGAACGCCCUCAUCUGCGACCCCACAGGAGGCCACAAGGUAAGCGACUACCGUGUAAACUAAAUACCGUCCUACUGAAUAAAGUUCUGUUGAAUUUGUCCGUUCACCAUCUAUGUUUCGGCAAACAUUUAAUUCAAAGAGGGGAAGGAAAAUCUACUCCUCACCUCAUUCCUCCUGCCUGUCUGCCGCAGGGCAUCUACAAACAACUGAUGAGCCUGCGCCUGCUCCUUCGGGGAGGCAUAUUCGCCACCGUCAUCAGCGUCUACGUCCCCCGAUGACCAGCUUUGACGUGGCAAGGAACAAAUUCUACGAGGUUCUGCACGCCCUCCUGUCGACUGUGCCGAAGGCGGAUAAGUUGAUUGUCCUUGGCGACCUCAACGCUUGCGUCGGCAUAGAUCAUGCUGCUUGGAAAGAAGUGCUGUGCCACCACGGUCUCGACGUCUCCAAAUGACAAUGGUCAGUUCCUCCUACAAACCUGCGCAGAACACCGUCUCCUCCUGUCCGCAUUCCGACGCGGGAGAAGGCGACCUGGAUGCACCCUCGGUCGCGGCACUGGCACCUGCCGGAUUAUGUCCUCGUUCGAAGGUGAGACCAGCAGGAUAUGCUGGUGACAAGGGCGAUCCGGGGUGCCGACAGUGGGCUGACCAUCGCCUCGUCAUCUCCAAUAUGAGGAUCCCCCUACAGCCACGCAGAAGGUCACAAGGUAAGCAACCCCCAGGUAAUUUGAAUACUAUUUUUUUAUAUGGGCCUGCUCACCGUCUCCAUUUCAGUAACAAGCUGGUUCAGCGGCUAGCCAACGUUCCAGUCGCUGCCGACGAGGACGUCUCCGUGGAGAACCGAUGGUACCAACUGAGGGGCACAAUUUAGUCAACCGUCCUGGCUGUCCUCGGUCACGCACGCCGACAACAUCAGGACUGGUUCGACGACAAUAACGCCGCCAUCAGCAACCUACUCGCCGAGAAGAACCGGUCUCACAAAACCUAUGUCGACCGCCCUGCCGACAACAACAAAGCGACUGCAGGAAACGCAUGACGCCUGGACGACUCGCAAGGCCGAGGAGGUCCAAGGGUACGCGGACCGCAAUGAAUGGGAGAAUAUCUUCGCGGAGAUCAAGGUUGUCUACGGUCCCUCAGACAAAGGAGUCGCUUAUCUUCUCAGCGCCGGCGGCAGUACCCUACUCACCGAGAAGAAACGAAUUCUAGAGUGA